GCCGCCACAACGGUUUCUAGCGACUCGUCUAUAGUGGGGUAGUUCGUUAUCAAACAGCACGCAGCUUAUCAACGUCAGAGAACUUGACUUUUGCCAUCACCUAUCAUUCGGCGCAAUCUGCUUCUGCCGCCCGGUUUCUCCCUUUUCUCAUAUCACUUUAUAUAUGGAAAGCCACAACAGUAAUAUCACUAGCUGUCUGUACUGAGUACGGCCUGCCCAACAUGACCGACAGCACAGAAACCGCCAAACCAACGGCUCCUGUCGCGUCCCUCCAAGACCAGACGCUGCUUAUCUUUGCAAGUCUGAUGGAGGGCGGACAAGAGGACGAAGAUACUUGCAAGGAACUGGACCAGCUUACAAAACUUCUAAACGAUGAUGCCGAACUCCAAACAAAAGCUAAAAGCCACACCAGCAUUUGCAAGGUGAUUGACGGCGACUGCGUCGAUACCGUGCUCUGCUACCUCGAUAUGCGCCAGCCUGCGGUAGUACGAGGCCAUGCCACGCUUACCACUUCGGCCUACAUGAAGGCUGCAGGAGUUGAUGGAGCCAAAGCUUUGACCAAAUUCUUUCUCGACAGAAUAGGUCGUGGAACUUAUGACGACUACAUUGUCGCCUUUUGUGUUGCAUCAGUAGCGUUCCCCAUUGUUCCGGACCUGGCAUCGGAACUCUUUCUAGGAGAAGGUUUCUUAGGAUCACUUGGCUCUUUGAUGCGACGGGAAUGGAAAAGUAAGAAAGUUGAAACGGCGUGUCUCGAGAUGCUUAACACAGCCUGCAUGGAUUCGAAGUGUCGGCAGGCCAUAGAAAAGUACUGCGUGGACUGGCUGGAGGAGAUUGUCGACCAAGAUACCAAAUACACAAAAAGCCCGGGAAGCGAAUUGCCGAAGAAACAGGGCGACGAAGGCUCGAUAUCUAUGCGACAGCACUCUGAACAGGUCCAGUACCUGGCCGCUGUUAUUCUGGCCAAGCUCCGAGCUGUUCCCUCACAACCCACAGCCGAAGACGGAAGCCGGCCUAGAAUCGAAUCGGCUGUCACGGGAAUCGAAGAGCUAUCCGGCCUCUUCACAAAGAUGAUCAUUCGAGAUGAAGACCACGGCCGUCAGCACUCGAUAGAGGGCUUGGCAUAUGCAUCCCUGCAACCAAAAAUCAAAGAAAAUAUAAUUCGCAAUCCCGAGCUGCUCAAAAAGCUCAUCAAGACUCUGGAAAACACACCGUCUCGAUCCCCUACCACCUAUGGAGCCCUUAGCAUCUUUCUGAACCUAACACGAUACCGCCCAGCGUUUACUGAAGAAGAAAAGAAAAUGACACAACUCAAGGCCUACGCUGAUGCAGCUGGAAAGCUAGCUACACCGGAUGAAUUAGACGACGACGCGCAUGUUGCAAAACGAUGCAAGACCAUCUUUGAUCUUGAUCUUGUACCAGUCCUUGUAGCACAGAGCAAAUCCAGUUCUCCAGGAGCACUGGUGAUUAUUGUGACUAUUAUCCUUUCGUUAUCCAUUGACAAGACUAUUCGCGGAAAGCUUGCUCAGCAGGGUGCUGUUCCACUUCUCAUUGGGGCAUGGGCUGCCCUGCAGGAUACAAAUACUUCAGCAGCUAGGACGGCGUCGCAGGCACUUGCUCGGAUUUUGAUCAGCAUCGAUCCAAAUUUGGUGUUUGGUGGUAAUCGUCCGACUCCUGUGAAUGCAGCUAUAAGACCUCUAAUCUCUAUUCUACCUACUGAUCCCGCCGCCGAUAGGCAAGACCUUUUGCCAACAUUUGAAUCGCUCAUGGCGUUGACGAACCUGGCGUCAAUGAAUGAUGAGGAGACACGACAAACCAUUAUCCGUACAGCAUGGUCUCAUAUUGAAGAGCAGCUUCUUUCCUCCAACCACCUUGUUUCAAAAGCCGCAGUCGAACUGGUCUGCAACCUAGUGCAGUCUCCUGAGGGAGUCGCAUUAUAUGCAGAUGGUUCGCAUCAAGCUUCGCAGCGCCUUCACAUCUUAUUAGCUCUUUCUGAUGCUGAAGAUGAAGCAACCCGCAGUGCAGCUGGUGGUGCCAUUGCCUCGUUAAUCGGAUUUGAGACUGUUGUAAGGGGCAUCGUGCAUCGCGAACGGGGUGUGAAGGUUGUCCUUGGCCUGUGCAGCGACUCAGACGAAGGCCUCCGACACCGUGGUGUUGUCAUUAUCCUGAACAUGGCUUCAACAGAAGGCGAGAUUGGCGAGGAAGCACGCAGAAAGAUCGAGGAGGAAGACGGUGUCAAUGUGUUGAAGGAGUGUUUGAAAUCGACCAGACGACCUGAGGUAAUACAUACUACUGUACAGGCACUGAAGAUAUUCUUGGCAUCAAAGGAAAACACAAAAUUACUUGAAUAGGAGACGAAAUAAAUCCGGAUCGCCUUCAGCAUAUAUUUUACAUAGACAGCAUUGCUUAUACUUGCAUCGCGGCAUUAAAUAGACCACACAUGUUGUUAUGAUAUUUCUUUUCAUUAAUUAUUCAGUGUAACGGUUUGUACAAGAUAUAUAACGCCUAUUCGUCGACCCUAUUCAAGAUAGCAACUCCCUCAACAUGACCAGUCUGAGGGAAGAAGUCAAACCCAACUAGACUCUCAAUUUCAUAUCUCUUUCCUUCGCCCUCACCACGUACGAGAACGCCAACAUCGCGAGCUUGCGUGUGGACGUUGCAAGAGACGUAGAGGACUCUCUUAGGACCAAAGUUGCGCAGCUGAGACAAGAAGGACGCAUCACAACCUUUGCGAGGAGGAUCGAGAACAACGACGGUCUCGUCGGCGUUGUACGAGACAGACUUGAACAGCUCGCCAGCGUCGGCCGCGAUGAACUUGCAGCGAUCCUCACCAAGGCCAUUGAGCUGUGCAUUCUGGCGCGCUGAGUUGAUCGAGUCGGCGGCGAUAUCAAUGCCGGUGGAGUGUUGGAAGACUGAAGCGAGUGUGAUGGUGAAAAGACCGGAGCCGGAGUACGCAUCAAUGAGAUACUUGAUAUCCCCGGAAGAAGGAAGAAUGCGUUGCUUCACAUAUUCGGUGAAGACGGGAAGAAUGGAGUUGUUGUUUUGAAAGAAGGAGCCGGCGGGGUUGGUGAAGACGUGGUCUCCAAUAUAUUCUGUCGUUGUAGUCUUGGAGUCUGUUUCGCACGACUUGAUGUCUACGACAGUAUCGGUUUCCGUUUUUGAAGUGAAGGGUGGUAGAGUUUCUGGAAUGGCAGCGUCGCCCUUUUGGUAACGCUUUGUGUUUUCGCGAAGAAGAAUGGUAGCACCGCGGUGGUAGUUGGUAUACUCCUUCUCCAUGCGCUGUCGCUCUCUUCCCAUACCCAGACGCACAGCCUCAGUACCAAUUGGGCAGUCCUCGAUAUCAAGGACCUUGCGCUGUCCUUUGCGCAUGAAUCCAAUCUCAGGGCACUUGGAAAAGGAAGCGUUCUGGUUCUUUCUCUUGCUGGGUCGGAAGCCAGGGGGGCCGUCAAAGUGCGGCGUAAGCUUUGUUCGGUAUCCGUACUGGAGGGGGCUGCCGAUAGUAUCCUGGAUAGCAGGGACAAGUUCCCCAGCAAGGUUUGAGAAGUUCAAGUACGCCUUCUCCAAGACGCGCUUCUUUAGUUUGAGUUGCUCCUUGUAGUCGAGCAUUUGGAACUGGCAGCCGCCGCAAGUGUUAAAGUAUUUGCACUGAAUGCGGGUGUCGUCUCGCAGAGGAGAGGGCUUGGUGAUGGAAAUGAAGUCGGAUAUGGUCUGGUUUUCAUGUCGCAAAUGCCUAUAGACCUUGAUCUUGGCGAUGUCGCCAGGGACGGUAAAUGGCACCACGUAUACUUGGUCAGAUCCAUCCUUCAUACCGAGGCCAUCGCCCGUCGAGGAGAGCUCCAGGAUUUCGACAUCAAUCUCAGUUCCUUCUUGGGGUAAAGUCUCUUCUUUGGCAGUGUCUGUGUCUUGCUCAGAGUCGGCCGUGGCUUCGGGUCGUCGCGAUUGGAUGAGGGCUUGGAUAUCGUUGCGCAACACUUCCUCAGAAGAUCCCUCUGUGAUAUUCUUCUCUCGUUUGGUCUUCUUUUGCUUCCAUUUGCGAUUUUGAGGACCAGAGAAGGAUCUCUUCUGCUGACCAUUGCCAUUGGCCUUUUCAGACUGAGGCUGGUGGGCCGGGGCCACGGGAGCACCAGGCGAAGACAUGGCGCUGAAAGCUGCUCGUGGUAUUAUUAUCUGUCUUCGGAGGGUGAAUGCAAGUCGAUAGGCAACUCGAUUCAUUAGCCAGUGUUUGGCUAAAUUCCUUGAUUGGUUGGGUUGUGGG